GGGAAUUGGGCGACGUGUGGACGCAUGUGACCACCGCAAAUGCCGAGAGCUGUGCACUUGUAACCUCUCCAAUCAGUUAGAAAAGAUACCGCGCAAGUAACCACCCUGCCCCCGCGUUUACACCCACACGCCAUGCUUGCGUUCGAACGGAAACCCAGUUGCCCAUGCAGGACAUGGAUAAAUCGUUCAUGUUCUUCACGGGCUUCCAGUCGUCCUCGGCCCUGGCCAAGAACAUGGAGUACUGCGUCGGCUCGCUCGCGGCGAACCCGGAUUUCCUGGCGGAGCUGAGGGCGGAACUCGACGGCCAGGAGCUGACGAUCAAGUCGGUUUCCGAUGCGAAGCGCUUCCCCCUCCUGGACAGCUUCCACUGGGAAAUCCUCCGCCUGUAUCCCGCCCCCCAGUUCUUCUUCAAGACCGCACAGAUGGAUCUUGUGGUGCCCACCAGCUCAGGAGCAAGGUACCAGGUCCGGAAGGGGGACAUGCUGUGCUGCCACCACCCUUUGAUUCACAUCGACGAGGCUGUCUUUGGGGCGGACGCUACGGAGUUCAAGCCCAAGCGCUUCAUCGGUAACCCCGACCUGAAAGAUGAUGUGUUCGCCUAUGCUUUCCCCAAGCCGUCGGAGGCGGGACGGGUGGAGGGCAUGCCCUGGGGCUGCGCGGCGCACACGGUCGGCGUGCUCGACGGCAUCCUCAAGGUCUUCUACGGCAGGUGGGUACAAGAAGCGGAGUGGGAGAUGAAGGACCCGCCAAUAAUCGACCCCGUGGAAUACCUUGGCGUGGUGGGGCCCGACGGAUUGGGAUUUGCCGAGGUUACACCCCGCAAAUAACAAGUGGUGUUGAGGAAAAUAGGACUAUCAUCGCAUAUUUUGGGAACUCGAUCGAUCCCCUAUUUUGCCGAGGUCGGGUUCUCGGCCCCGUCAAUUUUUUUUUGGAAAUAUAAAUAAGCGCCGCAGAUAGGCCGCCUGUUGGAGAUAGUUUUAUGAAUGAGUGUGUGUUGGAGUUGUCACAACCAGGAGUGUAGUUGUUGGACAUUUUGUGUGUCGCCAUGAUUUCGUUGCUUGUGUUGGAUGCUCUUUGUGUCUAUCCUCACGAAGGACCUCGGGGAAAACGUUUCGUAUUGUGUCACGAUUCUCGGGGGUGGACAAGUAAUGCUGAAGCUGACGGUGAUCAUGGAAUGUUGCAAGAGAGAGAAGGAGGUGCCCCAAAACUUCGACAGAAAUCGGGGACUCCGCGCUAUCGUCCAAAGCCUCUCACCACAUACCCUCCAGGUACAUCCCAAUUGCGUCCUAUGUACGGCUACCU